CGUGAAGGAAUCAUUGAUGUAUUAAUUUAGCAUUUGACAACCGUAGAAUAGAUUCGAGAUAAUAAUAAUUUUUUUUGUUUUAAAAAAAUUAUAGAUCUAAAUUAUAGAUCUACAUCCUUAAAAUGCCACUUUUUGCUAACGCUACACCUUUCGACGCAGAUGUUGAAAAGGCUACUCAUGAGAUGAACACAACAGAAGACUGGAGUCUAUUGCUUGACAUAUGUGAAAAGGUUCAGCGACAGCCUAAUGGUGCUAGAGACUGCCUGAAAUCUAUCGUCAAAAGACUCAAUCAUAAAGUUCCUUUUGUCUCUAUGCAGGCAUUGACAUUGCUAGAUGCAUGUGUCAAUAACUGUGGCCGUCCCUUUCACUUAGAGAUUUGCUCAAGAGAUUUUGUAUCAGAAUGUCGGACUCUAAUCUCACAAAAGGCUCAUCCCAAAGUAGCUCAGAAGUUAAAAUUGUUGAUCAAAAGCUGGGCUGAAAUGGCUGAGUUCAAAGACGAUCCAGCAUUAAAUUUGAUUCCAAGUUUUUAUGACAGUUUAAAAAAAGAAGGAGUAGAUUUCAGUGACACAGAUAUUAAAAAGUCAGCACCAGAUCCAUCAACUGUAAGGAAAGAAGAAGAUGAUAUAGCUAAAGCCAUAGCACUAUCAUUACAAGAAGAACAGCAGAAGUCAUUGAACAGGGUUGGGGCUAGUGGUGGCUCAAGCGGCCUGUACCCUACGUAUGCCACACCUGUCAGCAAGGCAGUACAGAAGGAAAUAAGGAAGGUGAGAGCUCUGUAUGACUUUGAAGCCGCUGAGGAUAACGAGUUGACUUUUAAAGCCGGUGAACUGAUCUGUGUUUUAGACGACAGUGAUCCUAACUGGUGGAAAGGUUCCAAUCAUCGAGGAGAAGGCUUGUUUCCUGCCAAUUUUGUGACAGCAGACUUGACAGUAGAGCCAGAACCUGAGAUCAAAGUGGAGAAGAAGUCUGUUCAGUUUAGUGAUCAGGUAGAAGUGAAAACCCUAAGUUUGCCCCCAGGAGAGGAAGAGAUAGAUGAGGCUAAAAUUGAUGAGGUCUUGGCACUGAUACAGAACGCAGACCCGACAGGUGAAACUCAGCCAGACAGCCAGCACAUGCUCAUGUUGGAAGAGCAGUGUAAAGCAAUGGGUCCACUUAUAGAUGCUGAGCUUGAAAAGAUUGACAGGAAACAUGCUAAUCUGGUUGAGCUGAAUAAGAAAGUGAUGGAUGCAUUACAGAUGUACCAUAACCUGAUGAAGGAGACACCAGCCUAUGGCUAUGCUGGUCUCAAGUCCCAAGGAAUCCCCUAUGGGGCCAUGCAGUCACAGGGAAUAAUGGGUCAACCAGCACAGAUGUACAACAGCCAGCCUCAGUACAUGGUACCUGGGUCAGUUGUUGCACCUCCAGGUCAGGGUCAACCCAGUAUGUCUACUGGGCCCAUGCCAUCACAGAUUUACACCCAGCCACAGCUUGCACCAUCAGCUCAGCCUAAUUUCCAUGGACAUCCAGGUACAGUACCAAUGACAAACUAUUCCAGCCUUCCAUCUGUAGGGGCUGUCCCAUCACUAGCAGCUGUCAAUGGAAGCCAUAAUCCCAUCCCACAGCAGCAACCACAGUUCAUUGGUGGGCAGGGCUACACCCAGGCCCCGCCCCCUAACAUGAGUGUGUACCACACCUUGCCAUCCCAGCAACCUCUCUUGUAACAUUCAUCCCAUCAAUCAUGCUGUUGAAACAGAAUGACAAGACAGACAACAAACAAAAUUAUUUAAAAAAAAAAAAAAAGGAUUAGCUGCCCCAACUACAGGGAAGCUAUGAAAAUUAUGCAGUUUUUAUUUUAUCAUCAUCUUUCUUAACUCAUGACCCUCAUGGGUGAAAAUGAAGCCACUAUGUGUGAUAAGAGACCUAAUUUAGAGCCGUGAAGGGAUUUGUGACCUUCACCUUUCAUUGCUUGAGUGAUGAGCUAGGAGGAACAACAAAAAAAUGACAUGUAAAGUUCAAAGAUACAAUUCUGUUGUAGCAGACAAGAAGUGACAUGAACAACUUUUACUUUGCUUGCGACAGAAGUGAAAUGGGGGUAGGGGGGAAAUGCACAGCUUAAAGUUUUUCAUGAGUGAUUUCUUGUGUACAAUACUGUGACCGUACUUUUGUGUGUGAGUGAAUUUUUGUUAGCCAUGUUGCUCUUUUAAUGUUUCUGAGUGAAGCAACUGAUGUUUAUGUCAGUUGCUUUAUAUGUUGUGAUGAUGUCAAAAUAAAAUUUAUAUCAUGUAAGGAAGUUGGGUGGAAAGCUAGAGAACUCAUAAUGCUCAUAAUGGAUUUAUUAUGAUAGCUAGUUGUUUUUUUUUUAUAUUUUUAAAUGAGACUCAACUAUAAAACAGUGCAGACAUUGGCAUUUGAGCUGUAUAUUAAUUAUUGGGAAAUUUAAAAAAAAGGCUACUUACUGGCACAUAUUCUCAUUAUUAUUCAUUGGUAUAAAUUGCAAAUCACAAGCUUUAUCUGGUAAUUUUGCAAAUCUUAAAUAGUUGGGACUCACAUUUUAGGUUCAGUUUUUUUUUGUUUGUUUUUUUUACUUUGGGUUUAAGGAUCGUUCAAAGUCAACCUUAGUAGUUUAAACUGUUUCAAAAGGCAGGUGCUAUUUUACUGGUUCUUUAACAUCAUGGUAUUCUUUGGGCCAAAAAAACCUGCUUAAAUUAUGGAUCGUCUUGAACAACUUUCAGCUUAUUACAAUGAUUGAAUGGCAGCUGGUAUGGUAACUAAACUUACAGCAGCAGUAGUUCCUAAAUUUUGGCUACUUUAGAUUUAAAGUGGUAAAAGUCAACACUUUAAUUUCUUAAAACAAAAUUUUUUUUUUUGGACCAUUAAAUUAUGAAGAAGUUUGUAUGUGAUGUACUGUGUAGGAAUUUUACUGUUGUUUUAUUUUGUUAUCUGACACUGGGAGAGGCCAUUGUUGAUAAUCAUGCAUUUGUGUUUAUGACUUAGUUUGAUCAAAUGAGCCCUUUGUUAACUUUUUUCCACGUUUCCGAAGUUUUAGAAUGGUUUUGCAAGACUAUAUAAAGAUCAUAAUAUAAUGGUUGAUUUGAGUCAACAUUUUGUACAAGUAAAAAAGUUCCUUCAAUUUGGUAGACAUGCAGCUUUUUUUCUUUGCAGUAAAACGUUUGCUAUUUGUUUCAUUUACUAGCUUAAAACUGUUGAAAUCUUGUGUAAAGAUAUGAAACAAAUAAAGAAAUGCAACUCUGAGUUUGCUCCUUGAGGACACACUGCAUUUUACUUAGUACUUUCCAUUUUGCUUUCACAUUUGGCUAGAAUGGGUACAAGUUUGUGUGUGCUGAUUGUGUAUGGCACAUAAAUCAAGGGAUUCACAUAAACAAUGAUUUUGUUUUUGAAUGUAUUUAUUUAUCAUUAGCCAAGAUGUGAUUGUCUUAGUCUUAUGUAUUGCAUUAACAUACUUGUAAAUCUAUUUUGUUGUUUUGUAUUGCACUGUUUGCAGCAAGGGGGAUAAUUGAUAUUUGAAAUCAUUGAAUUAAAAAGUAUUUGCAGGGAGAACCUCUUAAAAAAAGUCUUUUCCCUUUAAAAGCACACACAUAUUCAUGCUAAGUAAAGUAUAUAGGAAAACUCUAUUAAAUAAAUUUUGUGAAAACUAGCACAGUAAAACCUAACCAUGAAUCUGAAAAGAAUCCAUAAACAAAAAAUGUAUUUAACUGACUAAUUACUUCUAAGCCACUUAUUUGAAAAUAGUUUGUAUCCGAAUUCAAAGCAAAGCCAAUGCUAGCUAAAGAACAAUGACCUUACAAUGUCCCCCAAAUCUAAGAGUGUUUUUAAAAGUCCCCAGUCCCCAGACCAGAUGUUGUGUUUUUAAAAAAAGCAAAGCUUUUAGCUCUUCUCUUUGCUUUAAGCUCAUCUCCAGAAAAAGAAAUGAAUUUUAACUCAAUGUAUGUUUAAACCAACCCGAGUUCACAUAAUAAAAGGUGGAUGUAAUUUGUAUAAAUAUUUGUUCUAUAAAGAUCUUUGAACCUAUUAUCAUGUCACUAGUAAAAAACAGUCAAGGGUGUUAUGUUUUUACUAGAACUUGAUUUCAUCUCAAAGGAAAUUCUUUUUUAACUUUUAAGUGUUUUCAUUCCAAUUUUGUGUAUUAUUGAAUAUGUCAAAUAAAUACAUUUAUCCACACACACACAUACAAUUUUUAAAACUUACUUUGUGUUGAGAAUUAACAAAUCUGUUGAAUUGAAUUUUUUUCUUUUUUGUUGUAAUAUCAUUUUCUUGAAUUCUAAUAUUAUUGGUUAUUAUUUCAGCUAAAUAAAAAGAACCUUGGUCAAGUUUCAUGCUUAGUUUUUAUGGAUUUUUCCAAUUUGCUCCUUAUUACUGUCACUUAUUAAUUUGAAGUUAUUUAUUUUUUUUUUUUUAAUCUGGUGCUGAAUUUGUGCAAGGCAUUGUCACAAUUUUAGACAUAUUGAUCUACUUGAUUUCAAGUUAAAAGGCUGCACUCAAAUAGAUAUUUGCUAAGCCAACUAACAAAUGAUUCAAAUUAUGGGGUAGCAGAAAACCCUUAACUUCCUGGUAGGCCUACAUCAAAUAAAAGAAUAACCCAGAAUUGAAAAUAAAUAUUUUCUUUUAUGUUGAGUGUGAUGGAACUCUUGUUCCUAUGUAUCAUUUGUAUUAAAUAUGUGUGUGUGUGUGUGUUUUCAUCAUAUUUGUCUUUCAAGAGAUUGGUGUAGCUUGUCCUUUAGGACACAAAGACAAAAUUGGCUUUGUUAUCCUUCAAAAAGUGGGUCUCACUGGCAGUACAUAAUUAUUGCAUUGGCUGUAUAUAACUAGGGAGAUGCUAGUAGUUUGUCAAAUAAAUGUUACGUUUUACAACUUUUAGCCUGAUUGGUUCUCUACAUUUGGGAGAGCCUAGAUACCCUAUCACUGAACAAUGAAAGGGGAGGAGAGUCAUUGCAGUGUCAAGUGUAGACUAAUGUUCCAAGUAUUGCCGUGGGGUACUUUUUUUUCUUGUGACUUCACGUAUAAUAUUAUGCAUUUACUAUUUUUUUUAUAGACGCCACCCUCAUCACUCCUGUAAAAAGAUAUUUUAGUAUUUGUCCCUAACCUGUAAAUUUUUUCUUUUCUUUUCAUUCUUAUUCUUUCCUAAGUUCAAGCAUUUUCGGUAGUUGCCAACAGUUGCAGCGGCGGCAUGAAGAGAGAAAGGCCAACGUGUGCAUUCAAUCAUCUGCUUUCAACACUCAUUCUUUGAAACUAGUUGAUACAAUGUCCAGUCUAGGAGGGAAGAAUUGUUAAGCAUUUAUGUGUAGGAUUGCAUUUGCUACUCUGUUCAUGGGUUCCGUGCAUGAGAACAUUUAGUCUGGGUCAUGCUCAGGUCACUGUAACCCUAACCCUAAGAGCCUCCUUUACCCAUGGAUCCCCCACCCCUUUCUCUCUCCUUAACACCAAUGGUGUAAAAAAAAAUUGUGUUUUGAUGUCAACAAUUUUCUGAAAUGUCAUUUGAUUUCUCUAUUUGAAACUGUAUAAUGUGGCAUUGGUAUCAAAGAAAUGCCUACAUGGAUUUAACAUUGUAAUGUUUUCACUACAUGUAAGUAUAAUAUUGGUUCACACAGAUAAUUGGCAAUGUACAUUCUAAUUGAUGUUCUAUAUAAAUGGAUGUUAACAAUC